UAGUGUGGCUGCCAUCGGGCAAAUCGCGCGCGUUCACUGGCCAAGGGGAGCGACUGUUGAUCGUUGGAUGUUCCUGGGUUGCGUGAAAAAUCGCACGCGGACGAUUUGUGUUGACGACGAAUACGUAAAUUUUGCCGAGUGGAAAUCGAUACCGAUGAGCUUGUGCGAAAAUUUUCGCAGGACGUGCCCAUGCUAGAAGGGGUUGAUUUUGUCCGUAUCGACCGGUUGAAGAACUUGAGGGAAGAAAUUGAGAUUUUCACUGAAAUCAAGAAGCAAAAUACUCGAAACGACGUGAAACGUGAUAAAGUGACCCGUGCAGGGGGAAGAAGAAGAAAAAUAAGAAGAAGAAGAAGUGAUUUGUUGAUUGUGAUUCUGGUAAACAUGCACGUGGAAUGUGAAACGUGAACGUGUUCGGUUUCCGUGCCGGACUUGUUAGCGCGAGUAUUUUUAGUGCGACGACAGGAGAAGGUGGCAAAAAGAAUUGGCUUUUAUGCAAUCACAGUGAAUAACAAACAGUGAAGAUAGAACGGUGAAAAUGAGAUUCGCGCUAAGUGAAUAAUGUGAAUGGGCCAGUUGUUUUCGUUGAAUGUUUGCCCAGAUCGGAUGUGAAUCUCGGCUGGCGGAUGUAUGCAAAGUGAGUGACCACGGAGCACAUAAAAAAAAGCUAAUCGCUUAGUCGGAAAUUGAAUUUUACUACCGGACCGAAGCAUCAGAGCGUGAAUGUGUGUCGACAGAGAAGAGAGGUGGAAAACUCGAAACAUGUCAUGCAGGAAAGAAUAAAUGCUGCGUGGGCAGAAGAGGUGUCAAAGAAUGGAACCAUUUCUAGAGGCCUGGUGCGAGUGAAAAAGCGUAAUAGGCUUUUUUUCGGAGCAUUGUUAUGCUAAUAUUGUGUUUAACAAAUUUCACGCGAUGCAAUAAAGUUUUAGUGGCCGACCGGAAUCGUUCAGAGUGAGAAGAAGAUUUAAAUCGAAUCGAUUGUUCUGCUGUUCGAGUGGCUUUGAAGUGAACAAAAAAGCAAAAGGGAAAAACACAACUUGUGAAAGGAAAUUAAAGAUGCAGCACAAGUACCGGCAAAUGUAAAAACCCUAACCUCUGAAGAGACGAAGUCAUCGACGACGACGACAAGUGGUACGACUUCAACGAAUUGAGUGCAAGGCAAGGGGACCUGCAACCAGCAGCAGUUGGAACAGUGCAUGAUUGGAUAAUUGGCGUCAGUGAAAUUAAUUGAGGUAUAUUCACGUGCUGUUCUAGGUGGAAUGAGCGAGGAUUUUUUUUAUUUGGCUGUAUAAUAACGAUGACGAACGAAUAGAACAAAUCUAGCAAGGUUGAAAGCAUUCAGUUGAAACAACCGAGAAUCCACACAAUAUGGCGACAGAGAUGAUUUUGUUUUCCCUUGGAACUUGAUGAAAACCUGCUGAACUGAAGCCAAACGAGACCGCAUUCAAAUUGGAACCUCCAAGCUCAAUUUUUCCUACCAAGGGUGACCGUGGCAACUCAGUCAAAGUCAGCGCCGAGUCAGCAGUGAAGUAAAUUUCGGUGAAUAAUGAGUACGCAGCAGUGUUCGCACUAAACGGCCUUUUUUGCUAAAGAACAGCCCCGUAAUAAAUAAAUUAUUCUCGGGUUUGCCAGUCGGCAAAAAUCAACCUCAUUUAGAGCUGCAUGCCCCGACUACCACGUGAUCGAGCAAACAGCAACGGGCCAACGGUUUCUGCGUCAGAAAGAUAACGAGGUGGAAGUAAACCACUUCCCUCCACUGUUUGUCCGAGCCACGAUAAGAAAAGCAACAGCCCCAACGUGUAGCCGGUCGCGGUCACUGGUCCGCUGGCGAAAAUAGAGGGGCAGCCAUAUGCUAAGAAGGACACACCGAGCGUCGUCGAAACAGAAGAAAAAACGGAAGCUGCUCCGAGCCCCGACUGGGUCCACGCCCAGGGAUAUUGAAUAUUUAAAUUCAGUACCGUGAAAUUGAAAGUGAACUUCCAGGCUGAAGAGAAGGAAUCUAAUAAGUGCUCGUGAUUUUUUUUCCCUUGCCUGUCUGUUUCCGUUAGAUUUUAAUAAUUUUUACUUUCGGGCAGUUGUGUGUAUGUGGGUGUGUGCGCGUCCCAGUCUGUUGAAAGGCAGCUGAAGAAGGUCGAAACUAUGUAAAUAAAUUUCAAAUUUAUGUAAAUUCGAAGCGAAGAUAACGAGGAUCUGACAACACCAAAUCUGGGUCUCAACUGUGUGUAAAACGAACGGUCGCCGAGAUUUCAAGAUGCUCAACGAAAUCAGUCGACGCAUAUAAUUGAAUCCAACACUUCAAACGGGCCUGCCCAACCAACACCACCUACGCUCACACGCGAGCCAUCCCUAGAGAGACAGAUAUAGAGAGAGAGAGACACAGCUCAAGACGGCAAAUCAUUUAUCUCCUCCGAAGCGGCCACAGCAAUUGUGGGACGGAAGAUAACUUGACAGCAGAACCAUGACACAACCAUCGUCACCAUCGUUCCCCGAGGCGACGGCGUUGCCGGUGACGACGCCGACGCUGACAACCGUUUGUCCCUCCCGAUGGACGGCCCGACGAUGGCUCGCCGGCACGCUGCUAGUGCUGUUGAUUUGCAUACCGAGGCAGAUAAUUGGAUUCUGUCCGUCACUGUGUACCUGCGAAGCCGAUCGCAAUCUUCGGACGUCUUGUAUCAACGCAUCCCUGGAGGUCGUUCCGAUCCAGCUGAACCCGGACGUGCGACACAUCAAUCUCAGCUCCAACGCAAUUACCAAUGUGCACUUUACGCUCGGGUUCUACUACCAGCUGGAGGUGCUGGACAUCUCCCACAAUCGGCUGGACACUCUUGGGUCCAAGAACUUCGAAGCGCAGGAGAAGCUACGGGUGCUGAAUCUCAGCGAAAACGUUCUCACCAACCUGUUGAAGGAUACCUUCAAGGGCCUGAGGCAGCUAGAAAUUCUGCAACUGAACGAUAAUCGGAUAGAAAAGAUACACCCAACUGCAUUCCACGGGUUGGUGAACCUAUUCGAGCUGGAUCUGAGCAACAAUCUGAUUGUUAGCUUCGAAGCGGACGUGCUGAAACCUCUGGUAUCGCUCGAGAGGCUUUCGCUAGAAAAUAAUCAAAUUCUGGAAGUGCCAUACGAUACGAAUUUAGAUCAUUUGCGAUCGCUGCGGUUUUUGGAUUUGUCCGUAAAUCUGAUUGAAUUCGUCACCAACGAUAGUUUCGCAGCGCUGCGAGAACUGCGGACGCUCAAGCUCGGUGGCAAUGUGCUGACUGAGUUGGAUUUGGGAGCAUUCCAUGGGCUGAACUCGCUCAAGCACAUCGAUUUGGCUGAUAACAAUUUGACGGUCAUCCCAACGGUCCAACUCUCGAAACUCUACAACCUGACUACGCUUUCCCUGAGUGGCAAUUCAUUCGUCCAUCUGCCAGCCGUAUCGUUUCUGAAUCUGUUCCACCUGCGGGAACUGCACUUGAACCGACUGGAUCGCCUGGAACGCAUCGAUUCCCGGGCCUUCGUGGACAACACGUACCUCCAGAUCCUAUCACUGGAUGACAAUCCCUCGUUCAGCGAUGUCCCACUACGGCUGUUCUACGGAAAUCCCAACCUGAUAGACGUGUCGAUGCGGGGAAAUGCUCUGCUCACUCUGGAUGCGGUUCAGUUUCCGCUGGAUCGAUUGCAGCGAUUGAAGCUGGCCGGCAAUCCACUCGUUUGUAAUUGCUCAAUUCGGUGGCUUUGGCGGCUCGUUACCGGUACGGUUGAUGAAGACGACAGCGAUGGAAUCGGGAUCGUUGGCCGGAGUGGAGACAGUUUGACGAAUAUUACCACGGUGCUCAUGAUCGAUAAGGACGAGAUUGGGUGUGAUUUGAAUGAGGAUGGGAUGGUUACCCGAAGGAUCUUAAGAAAUAUGUCCGAAGGGGACAUAAAUUGUCCGGCCCACUUGGUAACGGUAGUCAGUGUGAUAGCUAGUAUUGUAAUUGUUCUUCUUGUUGCGUUUGUUGUGAUAUUCUACCGCAGAAAGCUAAGACAGCGAAAGAAAAUCCUUCAAGAAAGAAAAAACGUUCACGAAAGGAUAGUCCCUCAGAAGGUAGACAAACUUGAACUGGAGCGCUAUCUGGCUCAGCAAGUACUAGCGAACGACUACCGGGAGCUUAGACCUUGUGAUGCUCCUAUUCGGUACGACACAAAAUCUUCAACGCAACCCCUCCAAACUCCCGAUCCGGAAGAAUCCGAUCAUUACGAGAACAUUGAUUACCUCCAGCAUCAGCGAGCUUUGAACCAUCACAACCAUCCGUACCACCAAAACCAACAUGCUCAUCCAUACCAUCAGCAAUCCCAGAACAUCCCAGCGAUGACCCUUCAACACCCCAGUCCCUAUCCUCAGAAGUACCCCUCGUUACACCAAACGGCGAACAAUACCCUUCCAGUGCCUCCACAGCAGCAGCGAAAUGCUCAAAACCACUCCUACUCACCGAACUUUUUCAUCUACGUGCUUUAUUCACACUUCAUCUUCUUGUUAUUGAUAUUAUGAUGAACUACAGUAACCAACCGGUCCGAAUCUUUCACCCGACGCUCAAAACGCUGUGUAAGAAUUUUUCUAGCUGGAAGUUUUGUUCAUUAGGUCAAAUAAAGUCGUUCACGUUCUUCUUUUCACACUCGUACAUACAUUAAAUGUUGACAGAUAAAAAAAAAACACCAACGCUGCAUACAAUCAUUCAAAUCCAUACACGAAGAGAUCGUUUAAUUCAUAUAUUCAUCGCUAGCAAAAAAACAACAAACUUGAAGUAAAAGACAACUCUUAUUCAUAAAUGAUAUACAUACAACAAGACAAAAGCGAAAGCUAACAACAGAACAGUAGCAAAGAAAACGGAGAGGAUAUAAUCUAUUUUGUACAGGCAUUUUUCAUAUUUAUAAGUCGGAACUUCAAUCAAAUUGUAUGUACAUUCAGAUGCAAUAAUAACUUAGUCUAGGUAUAAUGCCCCUUCGUUGCGACCAACUGAAGCAGCUCGUUUUUUGUUGGCUCCUUUCGUUUUCCCUAUUUGUUUUGCCAUACUAGCGUCAUAAGUCUAUCAUUUCCCUUCUCGAACUAAGCAAUCGUUAUCCGUACUUACAUACAGAACAUUAACAAACAAAAUGAGGGAAACACAAUACGCAAGAGUCAACUAAUGGAUAGGUUUAAUACAUUUUUGAUGGAAUUUUCAUUCUUGAGAGGUGAAAACUAAUCUGAAUAUGGGAAAUUUCAUAAAUUGUGCGAAGGAGUUAAGACAAAAGCAAAACAACAAUUUGCCAUACGAUUCAUAUUUUCUACCAAGAACACUUACUCUAGUACACCGGAAGCAUAAAAGACAAAAUAGGCGAAAGCAACCACUGCAACAUACAGUUAAGGUUUAAUAGCUAAAACUCUUGAAGAUAGUGAAACAUGAAUUGUUGCUUCAUUUUGGCGAGAAAACGCAGGGAAAGAUGGUAGUCCCGGAAUUCGAAGAAAGGAAUAUUUAACGAAGGAUUCUAGAUUAUGCUAAAGUGAAGUAAUUGUAAGAAACAAACGAGGAAAAAAAUACACACUUACUCUGUUCGAAUAUAAGUUGUUAUAAGACUGAAGACUAUUGCGCAAAAUAAAGAAUGAAAUAUUGAA